ACCUAUGAACUGCAAGGGCUAUGGCAUGGAGAUAUGAAGAAGUGUCCUCUUCUAUGUUUCAUAACUUAUGUUGUUGAAGCCUGAUGAGUUACAAUAAAAACCACUGACUGAAGAAGUAGAAUGAAGAGAUGAGUAAAGAAAUGCCAGUAAAUCCAAACUUUUAUUUUGUCCAUGUUCUCAGGUGACCGGAAACAAUUGAGCCAUGGAGACCUGGUCGAACCGAUCAUCCACAGACGACUUUGUCCUCUUGGGCAUCUUUUCCCACAGUCCAACUGAUCUUGUUCUUUUCUCUGCAGUCAUGGUGGUCUUCACAGUGGCCCUCUGUGGGAAUGUUCUUCUCAUCCUACUCAUCUAUAUAGAUCCUCGACUUCACACACCCAUGUACUUCUUCCUCAGCCAGCUUUCCAUCAUGGACCUCAUGCUGGUCUGUAUUAAUGUGCCAAAGAUGGCAGUCAACUUCCUGUCUGGCAGGAAGUCUAUCUCCUUUGUGGGUUGUGGCAUACAAACUGGCCUCUUUGUUUCUCUUGUGGGCUCUGAGGGGCUCUUGCUGGGACUCAUGGCUUAUGACCGUUAUGUGGCCAUUAGCUACCCACUCCACUAUCCCAUCUUCAUGAGUCAAAGAAUCUGUCUUCAGAUUGUUGGAGGAUCGUGGGUGUUUGGGAUCAUAGAUGGUUUGAUUCAGAUGGUGAUAGUAAUGACCUUCCCCUACUGUGGCUUGAGGGAUGUGAACCACUUCUUCUGUGAGAUGUUAUCUGUAUUGAAACUGGCCUGUGUAGACACAUCCCUUUUUGAGAACCUAGUAUUUGCUUGCUGUGUCUUCAUGCUCUUCCUCCCCUUCUCCAUCAUCGUGGCCUCCUAUGCUCGUAUCCUGGGGACUGUACUCCAUAUGUGUUCUACUCAGGCUCGUAAAAAGGCUCUGGCCACUUGUUUUUCCCACCUGACAUCUGUCUCCCUCUUCUAUGGGGCAGCCAUGUUCAUUUACCUGAGGCCUAAGCACUACAGGGCCCCUAGCCAUGACAAGAUGGUCUCUGUCUUCUAUACAGUCCUUACUCCUAUGCUCAACCCCCUCAUUUAUAGCUUGAGGAACCGAGAGGUGAUGGGGGCACUGAGGGAGAGGCUGGGUCGUUGUAGGAUCAGCAUCCAGCAGGGCAUCCUACACCUGGCUCUGCCACCUCCUAGCUCUGUGUCACUGGAUAAAUAACAAUGAGUCUCAGUUUACUCACUAGUAAUGAGGAU